UGAAUUUGCCCCAAUUUUCUUCCUCCACAGAAAUUUAGCCCUACAUUUUGUCUUCUCCAUCUCCAAAUUCUCCCAAAAUUCUUUUCAUGGAUACUUCCUUCACCGAUUCAAUUCAAUUAUUCAGCUCCCAGCUCUAUUCCUAUUCAAUUCACCGUUCUUACUUACUACUUGCUUGUUUUCAUCAUUCCGAUUGUGGUCGUCCUUGUAUUUUUUCUUAAUAACGGAGUGAUUUGCCACCGCUUGUAGCUUUCGGAUUCGGAUUUUGAUUUGGUUUCUCCUCUCACCAUGGGUAAAAAAAGUUCUCAGAAGAAAUUUGCUGCAAUGCUGGAUAGCGAUGAUACAGAUAGUAUGAGUUCAUCUACAUCAUCUAUGCGCUUCGAUCACAUGACAGAGAAUGGCCUCGAUGAAGUUCAGGUUGAUAAGGAUGCGUUGCUUGAUCAGUGGUUAGAUGCUUUGUAUGAGAAGAGGGGGUCCACUAGAGAAAAGGCCUUGGCAUCUAUUAUUGAGGCCUUCAAUAGCAGUUUGCAGUAUGAAUUUGUUGAAGCAAAGUUUGCUACAUUGCUGCAGCAAUGCCUCAAUUCAAUUAAAAAGGGUUCUGCCAAGGAGGCUGCCUUGGCAUCUCAUGCAAUAGGGCUUUUAGCUCUGACUGUGGGUCCUGGGGAAAAGGCUCAAGAGAUCUUGGAAGAAUCACUCUCUCCUAUAUCAGACGCCCUAAGAGUUCGGCCAGAGACAUCUAAGAUUUUGUCGGUAUGUGAGUUACUGCAGUGUUUGGCUGUUAUUACGUUUGUUGGUGGUGAAGAUCCAGAACAAACAGAAAAAUCAAUGCAAAUUAUGUGGCAAGUGGCUCAUCCAAAGUUGGGUGCCAAUGUGGCUACCUCUAAACCUUCACCAGCAGUGAUAGCGAUGAUGGUCUCUUCCUGGUCAUUUUUACUCACGACUGUGAACAGCUGGGCACUGAACCCCAAGAGUUGGCAAGAGUCAAUCUCGUACUUCUCUACACUUUUAGACAAGGAUGACAGAGCACUGCGCAUGGCAGCUGGUGAAGCACUUGCUUUAGUCUUUGAGAUUGGGAGCCUGGAAAAAUUCUGCGGAGAAGCUAAGGACUCUUCGGAUCCCACUACUGAUGAAGGGAAGGAUUCCCGAAAAUUGAUGUACGUGCAUGGAUUGAGGACUAAAGUACUUGGUCAAGUGCGGGGUCUCUCUGCUGAGGCCGGUGGCAAAGGUUCUGCUAAGAAAGAUCUCAAUAGUCAGAGGAACACAUUCCGAGAUAUCCUAGACUUCUUUGAGAACGGUUCUGCACCCGAGACCUUGGUGAAGAUUGGUGGAGAUCCUCUGAGCACAAGCUCAUGGACUCAAUACAUACAGUUGAACUUCCUGAAACAUUUCCUAGGAGGAGGAUUUGUGAAGCACAUGCAGGAGAACCAAUUUCUCCAUGACGUGUUUGAUUUUACCCCCAAGAAGAAGCACCUAUCAGGGGCUGAGCAACGCAUGUCAGGGAGUGAAAAGAGGAUGUACAAGUCACCUAACUCGGCUCUGAACAAGGCACGGACACAGUUACUGAACAAACAACGCACAUUGGCUCAGGACAAGAACUCGGGCUACUUUGCAUUCGACGAGUGAAAUAGGAGCUAAACAACUAGUUUAUCCCUUCUGUCUAUACAUUCAAAUAUUAUAUAUCUUGUGAUUUGAUACCGAUUGCGAUCCAGUGUAAUUUCACUCAAUUUAUUAACUAUAAUCUAAAUUCUAAACCAGAGGCAGUUGUAUGAUGGAA